AUUACAUCUUUUUACAAAUUCACAAAACUCAAAAAGUUUUUCAAAAGAAUCGUUGAAGACGAGAUAUAAGCUCAUGCAAUACUAGCAAUAAUAUGACUGCGCUCAGUGAUCAACGAUUCUAAUUCACUUUUACUACUUUUGGCGGCUGAUAUUACUUUAAUAAAACCACACACUUCGUGUGCAAAGUUGAAAACUUCUCAAGCUUAAACUUGAAGUAUGAACUAUAGAUAGUUAAAUUUUCUGCGAAGUUGUACAAGAAUCGGCAUUGAAAAUUAAUUGCACAUGAUUUGGAGUGGAUAAAUGCAUGCAUAAUGCGGGGACCGUUUUCGCGCGAAGUUUUUUCAGUAUUGACCAUGCAUUGUGAUACAGACGAGUCUAUGAGAUAUUUAUGUAUAGAAACAGAUGUGUUUCAGCUAUUUAUGUAAAAAUUCAGAUAUUUAUGUUGUGUUGAGUAUUAAGUGACCUUGACAACGGUCGAGAACAUUUUUGAUAUUAAAAACUCCAGUUGCAAAAAAUGCAAAUGAACGUAAACAAAGACUUAUACAUAUAACAUCAGGUUCUACACAUGAAAAGUUCCUGGGCAAUUCCUGAACAAUAAUAUCAGUAUAUCGAGUCAAAGAAACACGCAUUUUUCUUGCAUGCCUUGGUGUCAAUAAGUCGCUAGAUAUAAUGACGGAGUGGAAAAUCACAGUCGCUAACAAAACGGGAGAAGAUUCAGCCUCUGGUGAGGGAAGUAUUGUGAAGUUUGCACUUUUCCAAGUACCUUCAGAAAAGGAUGAGACGAAUACCUAUCCUUGCGCUUGGGUUGUCGAUAAGGUUGCAUAUCCUGGGGAAAUUCAUGAUAUUACAUUACCAAAUGAAUUUGAGUUGGCAAUCGUAGAUGAAGUAAAUGGUAGCGAGCGAAUAACUGGCCCUUUUCCAGUUUCGUCUGGUAAAGAGGUUUACAUAACCCAAAAGAGUCGCGACGAUCCGCCGAGUCAUGAAAUAAAAGAGGGUAAAGCACUCGACGACGACACGGCGCCCAUGAUUCAGGUGUUUAACAACCAGGGAAACAUUCAGCCUCUCACAAUGGUUCUGUACAAGAAGCAGAAGAAAUUGAUAAUGUCCGAUAAAGUUGUUCCUGGAAGCUCCGUGAAUAUGAGCGUAAAACAACAGAUAAAUAUUCAUGACGCUGGCAGCACAAAUGAUAUUAACGAAGGUGACUCGUUGAAAGACCAAGGCAUAAUUACAUCCUCCACUAUGUUCAAGUUAUUACCCUCAACUCCUGGGAUCACGAUAGAUGUACAUCGGGGACCAACUGGUCAACUUUCUUUUAACUUGAGCGCCUUAUGACUUAGUAAGGGUCUCAAUAAGCACUUUGAAGAGAAUACAUAAAAUGAGAUUUCCUGCCAUUUGAGGGUAGCAUUUUUCUCCGAUUUUUGAACGACGUAA